AAUGAGCUGCUGAAGCAUCUCACGGACAUCACCAUUGUCGACUACACUUGUAGUUCUUUGGUGAGCAGUCUUUUUCGUUUCGGUGCCUGACUAUGUUCAGAUGUCUGGGCUUUCAUUCUCGCUUUUACAUCACCGAUGUGGUCAUUGACAGGUUAUGACUCUGCCGCACAUAUUGCUGAGGAAACCGCAGGAGCGGCACGCGCAGCACCAAUUGUGAUUUUGGUCGGGGUUGCCGGAACUGAGAUACUGGGCUGGCUUUAUUACAUCACCGCUUCUUAUGCUACCACCUCGGUUCCAGAUCCUGCAGACGAAAUUAGUGCUCCCUCUUGGCCAAGUAUUUUUGAAUGUCCUGGGGAAGAAAGGUGCUUUGACCCUCUGGUGCUCCAUCACAGUGUUGCAGGAAAUACCUUUGCGGAUGCUCACAAGCUGUUGAUGCUUCACGCGUCAUUUUCGCAUUUUCUCGGGACAACGCUCUUCCCGGCUCGCGGUGGUGGAAUAUUUUCCACAGCAGCGUUCAACUCCUUGGCCUCGGCGUCUGUCAUAGGUUUAUACAUCUCAUAUGCGACGCCCAUAUAUUGUUGUAUUACCUGGGGGAAGGACAAACUACAACCUGGUCCAUUCAAUCUCGGUGUUGUCUGGGUGGCAUUCAUGGUCGUCAUGCUGCUCUUUCCAUACACACAGAUAGCCAGCAUGCAAACCAUGAAUUACUCAGUAGUGAUUGUCAUGGCCGUCUUCAUAUUUGCUGCAGGAUCUUGGAUAUUCUCCGCGAAACAUUGGUUCACGGGACCCAUCCCGAACAUCGAUGCACAGUCUGACUCCUCAUCAUAUUCGGAGAAGCCAGAUAACACAGAGCAAAAUAGUCUGGAUAUAUAG